AUGGGAAAGAAGCAGGCACCACGGGUGUCCUUUGACCUCAAUCCCAGCCUAGACAAGACCGAGACAAAACCAAAGAAGCCUGAAAGGACAGAGCCUGCUAAGGCCUCAGCUUUGAAGAGGGCCAAGAGCACAGCUAACUUGGGGAAGGAUCUUGAGACUAGCCCCGGGGCAGCCAAGAAAGCCAAAGCAGCAAAGGCAAAGGAGAGUGGAAAGGAAACAAAGAAGGAUUCUUCCACACCAAAGACAAAAGCGAAUCCUGGUCCUACUCCACAGAGUUCAGCAGCAGCUCACCCCAAGCCUCCCAAAGUCACCAAAGACUCAAAGGUUGAAAGUGGCUCUUCCAACAAAGGCCCAGCUCCCACAAAGGGCAAACGUCCAGGAAAAGAAGCUACUUUGAACCAGACUGGCUUGGUCACUCCCCCUACCAAGCGAGUUUCCAGAAAGUCACCUGAGGCUCCCUCAGUUGUGUCAUCAGCUGCCUCUUCACGUUCUUCAAAGACUCCCAGGGCUGAGAAGGCUUUGAUGGAAAGAAGCGAUUUGGAAGAAGCAGCUCGCGCUGCUGCCGAGGACGCUGAGUUUGAUGCUGCAGGCAUGGGAGGCUAUCUCGAGUUGAUCAAGAAGGGCCAUACUGAGUCUGGUCGUGACCAUGAUGCUGAUACAAAGGGUGCCAUGAUGGAGUGCGCCCAAAAGAAAGCUGAGAAGGCCGAGGACGAGGAAGAAGAACAGGAGGAACAGGAGGAAGAAGAUGAGGAAGAGGUAGGUAGUGAGGAGGGAGGACAGGAAGAAGACGAAGAUGAAGACGAAGAAGAUCAGGCAGGAGAUGCAGACGAAGGGGAUGAAGGAGAUGAAGGCAACGAAGAUGCUGACCAAGGAGAUGAGGAUGAUGGAGCAGAGAGCGAGGCUGAUGAAGACAACGAGCAGGAGGAAGAUGAGGAGGAAGCUGAGGAAUCAGAGGAGGAAGAAGGAUCUGGUGAUGAUGCCAAGGAUGAGAAGACAGGUAGCCAGCCCAAAGUGACAUCUGCUGGAAAGCAGCUUGCUGAGGCCAUUGAUGCCACCAAGAAAGAUGCCAAGAUGUUGAAAAAUUCGAAGACCAACAAGCGCGAGUGGGACAAGUUUACCAGAGAAGCUACAAACAAACGUACCUUCCCAACCUCUCUUUGUGGGGCAUACAGGCGCUCCAAAGUCUGUUUGUUCAACACCUGGUUGGAGAACGACAUGAGCUGGGAAGCCACUGAGAUAGCAGUGGAACGAUCUCAGGAGACCAAGAACUUGUGCCGCAAUCAAAUGGAAGGCGUGCAGGCCAAGGAGUUGAAAAGCAGGUAUGGGGAAGAGAAGGCUGGCAAGAUUAUGGCCGUGCGCCGGGCACAGGGCCUGUACUACCCGGACGAUAUUUUCGGAGAUGACCCAGAGGAAACUUGGUACUACAUGCCAGCUGGAAAAAUUGUUCGCCAAGACAACUUGACCGCAGAGAAGAUGACAGCUCGUGCAUCGUCUGGUGACCAAGACAUGUUCAACGCCAUGAUUCAGGAUGUCUUGCCCUCUGGUGCCGUGCCUGAUGUGGCAGCUGCCAACGAAGCAGGGGCCAAAAAGCUUCUGCAGCUCGUUGACAACGAGGCCAGAGCAGUUGCCAAAGCGAAGGCCAAGCCAAGGGCUGCAAAGCCUGGGGAAAGCGAGGCAGUCCAUCCGAAGACUGUUCUUGAGUCAGGGGCCCAAGAUGACAAGGUCAUGGGAGUUUUGGACCAAGCGUCCAAAGCUAGAAAGAUCAGUUUGGAACUUCAGAACGUGGAAUUUGCAUCGGAGCUCAGCGGCCAGAUGAUAAAACAUGCCGAGGACAUGGAAACCACCUAUGUCACACUUUCCAAGCUGACCCAAGGGAACAGCCCUGAGGAGAAACCCCUGAAAAAGAUUUUGGCCGAGAUUGCAACCAAGGAUCAAUGGUUUGAGAAAGCAGAGGUGAAUUACUCUGACCAGCCAGAGCUGGUUCCAGCUUAUGUCCUACUACCUCACGAAGUGCUGCAUGCGGUGAGUCAGGCCAAGCAACAGGUACGGGACUUGGUGAAUGAGACCAUUGCCAGAAUCACUGCUUGGUCUCUGAAGCAUGCAGCUUCCGGGAAGGCACCGACACAUGGGUAUUACGGUGAGAAGUUUGCGCCAAAUUCUUUCAGAUCUGGCCUAGCAGGGAAAACGUUAGCAAACAACUACAAGAUGUGCUACCUCGGAUUCAAAGCAGACCUAAAGGCCCGCAAGCAAUGCCACCGAUUUGAUCGAUACUACCAGUGCAAGCUCUGCUGUGAACGCUGUGAUGCAGUUCAAGUACGGACGAAUGAAAACCACAGAAUGUCUUACAAGAACAUGUCCUCAUCAGCGCCAUACUUACAAACAAUCAUGGACCAUGAUGAGUUUGUGCAAAGAGCACAUCGCAUCAGCCCAUGGGCUGAUGUUGUAGGUUGGCAGGUUGAGAACUGUUUCUUCGAUUUCAUGCAUCUUGCCUAUUUAAGCACGUGCCGAGGGCAUAUUCCAUCUGUGCUCAAACUCCUACAAUGCAAAGGGUACUGUUAUGAACCCGGUGAAUCGGAUGACUUGUUCUUGAAGAGAACCAGCAUUGAAAUGAGGGAAACCUGCAGAAAGAAUGGGUGA